AUGGCAGCAGUGCCGCAGAAGACCCUAGAGUGGCUUUACCGAGUUCUGACCAGCAACCAAGCAUAUCGCGACCCUAACAGGACAUAUAGCGACACUGCGCAGCUUUUAGCCCAGUUCCCUUCGUUUUCUCCCCGGACAGAUGUUUACACAUACGAGAACGGUGCCUCAGCUCUUCUUCUACACUUGACAGGGACCUUGCCGGUACACUUUAGAGGAGCUUUAUACUGGUUCCCGAUUGCAAUAUGGGUCCCGAAUACAUAUCCAGAUGCAUCUCCGAUGGUCUAUGUGACUCCAACGUCCGAGAUGCUGGUGCGGCCAGGACAGCAUGUUAGCAGUGACGGGAAGAUAUACCAUCAUUACCUCGCCCACUGGGCCGAGGCUCGCGAUCGGUCUACCUUGGUUGAUUUUCUGUUGAUAUUAAAAGACGUCUUUGCCAAAGAACCGCCAGUGAUAUCCAAGGACGCUCCAGUCAGAAGACAACCGGUUGCGUCGCAACGGACCACUCCACCAGCAGUACCACCAUUGCCAGCUGAGCUAACACGGCCUUCACCAAGCGCCGCAUCCACUCCGCCUGUACAGCCACCAGCCCCCCCAAAGCUACCUCCGAAGCCAAGUGGAGAGAGACACCAAACUGCAGCAGAACGGCCAGUUGAGAAUGUAUCCACGGCACGCAGCCUGCCACCACCUUUACCGCCCUUACCUGCGGAGCUACAACCGACAACUCACCACCGAGAUGGUAUUGGGCCGGAAAGUCGAGGAAACCAAUUUCUACCUCAGAGGUCAAGCAGCUUAAGACGGGAGGUCAACCCGCUGUCCCAGCCUCCACCUCCAACACAUCCAAGCCAACAUCAAACUCAGGGAUUCGUUCCAGAAUCUCAGAACCGCAGGCCAUCAAGCGUUCAGAGCCCGCCAGUGGGAUUGACACCUCACGCACCUCAAUACCAACAAGCAUACCAACCUUCAUAUCACCAUCAGCAAUUCCAUUCCCAGCACCACAAUGACGCUGCAAUGCAUCCGCCUCAGCAACAACCAGUUCCCCACCAGCAUAACUCACUACCUGUUCCACAGAGGGAAGUUCAGCCACAGCCAGCCGCGAGCAAUCCUCCAAAGAAACCGGAAACGCAAGAUCUUCUUACAUCUCCUUUUGAUCUCGAGUUACCCACUCAGCUACCCUCGUCCUCACCGCCACCAAUCCCUCCAAAUCCAGAGAAAGAUGUUCUACUACAAACUCUCUCAAGGACUCUAACUCAAACACUACACGCCAAUAUUGAACAAUCAAAUUCUCGCAUAGAGCCUCUGAAUUCUCAGUCUAGAGCAUUACACGACGCCAUUGCUACUCUUCGAUCCGAGAUUGCUGCUGUAAACGCAUUCCAUGCUAAUCUCCAGUCAAAUACCCAAAUUCUACAGCAAUCUCUACGUCGCGCAGAUGGCGUCAUUGCGGAUGCAAAGUCACGCAUAUCAUCGCCAUCCGCAUCGUCCUCCCAGCAUCCGGCCGGCCUACCCGCCAUAGAUGAGGUGCUUGUUCCCCCUACAGUGGUUGGAAAGCAAAUCUACGAUCUUGUGACGGGUGAACGCGGUAUUCACCGGGCGAUAUACGCUCUCCAGUCUGCACUCGUAAGAGGACGGGUAGGUAUAGAUGUGUGGGCCAAGUCGACAAGAAAUUUAGCCCGAGAGGCAUUUUUGAAGAAAGCUUUGAUACGUAAAGCCUCAAAUGGGAUGGGCCUAGCUGUGUAA